UUUCCCUGCAGGCUCUAGUAGCACCGACUUCAUUGAUAGCUCAAAAUGCUGGAAUUGAAGGUGAGGUAGUGGUGGACAAGGUAAAAGCCAGUGAAUGGGAGAUUGGUUACAAUGCUAUGACAGACAAGUUUGAGAACUUGGUUAAAGCUGGAGUGAUUGACCCAGCAAAGGUGACAAGAUGCGCACUACAGAAUGCAGCCUCAGUUGCUGGAAUGGUCCUGACCACUCAGGCCAUUGUUGUGGAGAAGCCGAAGCCAAAGGCUCCUGCCGCUGCCGCCCCUCAAGGUCUAACCAUAUAAGUCACUGGUUAGGAUUUAAGAGAUGAAGACUGGUAUCAGUGCAGCGAAUUAUAAGAAAAUGUCUGAUAAUGCAUCCGGUUGUGGCACGGGUUUACAUUUUUGUUUGCGUUACGUAAUAACAUCAUCAACUGUGGCAUCACGAAUAUAGAGUCGGGCAGUGGAACACCACAGGAAUU